GAAAGCACUGCACAGCUUAAACUAAUAAGCAAUGGAAGACGACAAGGAACGCGCCUCUGCCAGUGCGCCUCCGCCACCGUCAUAUGAAGAGGCUGCCUUCCGCAUGUUCGGACUGCUGAAUGCAACAGCGUCACAGCCUGGCCAUGUGCACUCAUUGCGUGUGCUCGGAACAGAACGCACCCGUGAUUCCUUUUUGAAGCUAGCUACAUCCAAUACCUUUACCGGAAUGACGAUUGCUGACAUUAUUAACGAUGUGCAACAUACUGCUGACAGACUUCAGCGGUUGGACAUAUUCGACAGUGUCAAUGUCAUCCUAGAUACUUCUAGGGACCCUUUUGCUGCCAAAGAUGCCUUUGAUGUUAUUUUUAGUGUCAAAGAAAAGAGUCGCUUCUUUUUGAAGACUGGUACCGAGAUCGGAAAUGGUGAAGGCAAUAUGAAUGGAUCUGUAGUGAUUCGCAACGUCUUUGGUGGCGCUGAAAUGCUAGAAACAUCAGCUUCCUUUGGAACUCGAAACAGCUCUGCCUUCCAAUUCAGUUUGAGUCGACCAGUCAAUGCUUCUCCCGACGCAAGAAUUGAUGUCAAUGCUCAUAGCGUUGUGCGUAACAACAUGAUGUUCAGCUCUCACGAAGAACUUGUCAGAGGCAUUGGAGCACGCUUUAAGGGCUUGUCUAAUUGGGGAUUCCAUGAAAUUUCCUACGAUCUCUCUUGGAGAACUAUUGAUAGAAUUGCUGAAAACGGGUCUUUGAGCAUCCGCAAUCAAGCAGGACACUCCUUAAAGUCAUCUAUAUCUCACUCUUUUGUUCGCGACCGACGAGAUGAUAUGUUGCUGCCAACAAAAGGAUAUUAUCUCCGCUUUACCCAGGAAUUGGCUGGUGUUGGCAAAAUAGGUGAUACCAAGUACCUUAAGCACGAAGUGGAAGCAUCGAUUGCUCGUCAGCAUGGCGGUGGGGAAAUAUUAAGAGACGAAAACGGUCUAGCUAAAGCAAUUGCUCCUGGAAUUGUUCUUAGCCUUAACGUCCGAGGUGGUCUAUUGGCAACACUUAAUGACAAGGAGGCUAAUAUUUCAGAUAAAUUCAUGCUUGGUGGACCGCUCAGUAUUCGCGGCUUCCGAACCUGUGGUGUUGGCCCGAGAGACAAAAAGGACAGUUUAGGUGGAGAUGCUUAUUGGGCCACAGGUGUUAGUUUGAUCACUCCGUUACCAAAGCUUGCGGAUAAACCGUUGCGUGGACACGCUUUUGUUAAUGCAGGCUCACUCAUCCCUUGGAAAACUGGAACAAGCACAUCAGACACCAUAAAGGCACUGACCGCGUCACCAAGUGUUGCAGUCGGCUUUGGCAUCAUAUAUCGACAUAGUGUAGCGCGAUUGGAGCUUAAUUUCUGUAUACCUCUGACAGUCGCUCGAGGUGACAUGUUUAAACGUGGUUUCCAACUCGGCCUUGGUUUGAACUUUAUGUAGAAUAUAUUGAUGGCAAUUAAAAAUGAAAUAUAGCUAUUGUAGAAGGCGAAUUGCCACACAACUUUAUAUUUUUCUCCCUC